AUCAAGGCCAUCCUCGCGCGACUGCAGAAAUACGGAAUCACAACCUUUACCGAGGCGAACGUCAGCUAUGCCUUACAGGCUACCAACUCAGCGGGCAAUGGCGACGAAGCCAUGCGUCUGCUGCUCCUCUUCGAAGACACAUAUGAAGGCCUGGUCAAGACGUUCGACCCCUCGACCAAGUUGCUUGGAGCAGAGAACCGCAAUGGUGUGACCUGCUACCUCGAUGCUCUCCUCUUUGCCAUGUUCGCACGUCUCGACAGCUUCGAGGCUAUGCUGUACAAUUCGUUCGACGACCUACCACGCAAGAAACUGGCCGGUCUGCUGCGCCUAUGGGUCAACAUGUUGCGCUCCGGCAGACUUAUCACUAGGGACAUCGACUCGCUUGCCGAAUGUGGUUGGGAAUCAGCGGCUGAGCUGUGCCAGCAAGACACUUCGGAGGCUUUCACCUUUAUCACCGGCCAGCUAGAGCUCCCGUUGCUCACCCUCAAAAUGGACCUGUUCCAUACAGGCAAGGAAGAUCCAGCUGACGACCACAAGUUCGUCAACGAACGCCUGCUUGAGGUUGCUGUUGUCACAGAACCGCCCGAGGGAAGCAGCGUCGUCACACUUGAAGACUGUCUGGAAAACUACUUCAACAAUCGAAUCGAGGUUAAACGCCAUCUCGAUAGACGCAAUACGCUCCAAUCCGUGAGGUCAAACGAAGUACUGCGACGGACAAACUCGUGUGANAAAGGUGGAGCCAUGCACGUCGAGACGGUCGAAUACUUCGAUCAGGCAGCAACUCCUAAGCCAGAUCCCAGCACACCAAUCAAGUCGCCCUCUUCUACGCCUAGCACACCAAUCAAGUCUCCUCUUGAUAAGAUCAGACCCGGAAUGAACAGAAAGCGUGCCGAUAGCAUCUUCAGUCAGCGAAGAGUGGCAGAAUCAAAGUCGGAUGAUAAGAAUGGAUCCGACGAUGCGGCGAAUACUCCUGCAAGACCGCGCAAAAAUUCAACCCGUACCGAGGUUUUGAUGCCCGCUUGGCAAUUCUUCAAGUUACUUCCUUGGUAUACAGAGAACAUCGUUCCCACCAGUGACGCCCAGGUUGCUGCACACUUCUCACGCAAGCGUCCGGUGCUGGGAAUCGCUCUCAAACGAUACCAAUACUCCAAUACUGGUGUUGCAAGCCGUUUGGACAAUUUCAUCGACAUACCUCUGGAGAUUGCUGUACCGAGCUUUGUAUCGGACGAUGAGAUGGAGGAUCAUAGCCCGCUCGUUGGCAACUUUAAGCUUGUUCUCCAAUCUGUUGUUUGCCAUCGUGGUGUGUCAGUCAACUCGGGUCAUUACGUUUCCCUGGUUCGAGGACGUGCAGCCAAUGCUCCAAGCGUCGACGGACGCUCCGAUCGACCAGAUACUGCGGAGAGUAGUGAAGAAGAAGAUCCCUGGAUGUUGUUUGAUGACCUCGCCAGAGAACGCGUUACCUACGUCGACAUCAACCAAAAGCUGAAGGAGGAGUGCCCGUAUCUCCUGUUCUAUCAGGUCCAACCUAUCGACGAAGAGCUUGUUCCUGAUGCACCCCCAACUUAUGAUGAGGCUAUGUCACGUCAUCCCUCAGAUUCGCUUGACUAUUCGCCUGAGAAGCUGAAGAAGAUUGGUAGCGACGAGAAUGAUAUGGUUCUGGUCGAGUCUUCUUCACCAACAUCGCCUAACGGGCUAUCAGGUACCGAGACGGUGGACUGGACGGCGGCUUCUAACAGAACCAGUCUUGACAUGCGUGGAAGGACCAGUCUAGAUGCACGACGUAGUAGCAUGGCCGAUGAUCUUAGCGCCGCUGGUAGCCAAGCUACGACUUCGAUACCAUCAACACCGAUCGACGAGUCACGAAGCAGUUUCCUCGGUAUUCCUUCUAGGAGAGGCAGCAAGGUCAGCACUAAGAAGACAAAGUCACGGCCGGGCUCUACAGAUGGUGGAUCGCGGUUCAGUCUGAACAUGAGCAAACUCACUAGUCGUGUAAGCCGAACAGACCUCACGAAUCUCGCAUCAGCUGCCGAACAGGACGAGGAUGUGGAGAAUAGUAAAGACAUUGAAGGGCCACCGACAGUCAGUGGUAGCGAAGCGUCUGUCGAAACCUCAAAAACCUCGAUGCCAAGAUGGUCGAGAAGGCAGAGAAGGAGCGUACUGGUAGGAGCAAGGUCAGGAAAGAGCGAGGUGACAAAGAAGGACACUUUCAUCGAAAGCGAAAGACGGAGAAGCCGGACAGAGAGUGCACCGUCAUGUGAGAUGAUGGCCUCUAUGGUGUAUUCAGAUGGCACAUUUCAUUCAUCUAAUUGCAUAGCGUAG